GUACAGCAUUUGUGCUGAACAUUGUGUGAUGAGCAUAUCAUCAGUCAGUAGAUCUAGAGAUCAUCAGGAUGGCUUUACAACAUGACCUCCCAGUACACUGAUAGUGCUGCUCAUGUCCCACAAGUAAAUUUAGAAGACUAUUAAUAGCAUCUCAUACACAAAUACAGCAAAACAGCUGCUCAGUGACCAAGCAAAGACUCAACAAACGAAGAUUUUCAAAUCAAACUCUGACUUUAAAGGAUACGAAUAGAAUGGGAGACUUUCAAAACUUUGAACAAGACUUCUAUCAGUCUGGAUAUUAUAUGGAUGGUCAACAGGAAGAUGUAUAUGGCUGUGAUCCAGCCUACGUAAAUCCAGACUACCAUGAAGCUGAUAAUUCCGCACAUUUACCAGAUGAAUAUACCACUACAGCAUCUUAUACUGGACAAGUGUAUCAGCCUGUAGCGCCACCCGAGCAAACAGAAUAUAUGGACUCAUUUGAAGAAGAGCCGCCACUUCUAGAAGAGUUGGGGAUUAACUUUGACCAUAUCUGGCAGAAGACUCUGACUGUGUUAAAUCCACUGAGGCCUGCUGAUGGCAGUAUUAUGAAUGAGACAGACCUCACUGGGCCUGUUCUCUUCUGCAUUGCUCUGGGAGCCACACUAUUGAUGGCAGGUAAAGCACACUUUGGGUAUGUGUAUGGCAUCAGUGCGUUGGGAUGUGUUGGGAUAUACAUGCUGUUGAACCUGAUGAGCAGUUACAGUGUAUCCUGUGGAUGUGUGGCGAGUGUGCUGGGAUACUCACUCCUGCCAAUGGUGGGACUCUCUGCCUUUGCUGUUCUGUAUUCCCUUCAAGGGCUCUUGGGAACGCUGUUGGCCUUGUUUGUGAUUGGCUGGUGCAGUCUAUCGGCUUCUAAGAUCUUCAGUUCCACUCUUGACAUGAGCGGGCAGCAGCUGCUGGUGGCCUAUCCCUGUGCUCUUCUAUACGGGGUCUUCGCUCUCCUUACUGUCUUCUGAAAUCUCAACUAUUAUAAGAGAUUAUCUAGGAUCAGAUGAAAAUUUAGUUUGCACACAAUUCACAUUACCUGUCAAAAUGGCAGCAAAUCAAAGUUACUGUAACUUUUUAUCAGAUGAAUAAAAAACAAGCUAACUUAAAGAGCAGAGUUAGGGAAAUCAUUUUUGAUUACUCGAUGAAUCAAUAAUGAAUAUUCCAAAAAGUAUUAACAGAAGUAAAAAGGUUGUUGUGACUUUUUGUUUUUAUUGCAUUAAAACUUAAUAUAUAUGUAUAAAACUUGAUUACAUCUUAUUUUCUAAAAAAAAAAAUCACAAUAAUUUAAUCACAAACAAUGAAAUGUCCAAAUAAAGAAAAGGCACCUCAAAUCAAACAGGCAAAGAGAAUGUUCUCCAAGCAACCAGCUGACUUUACAGAUCCCUUCAGUUCCUUUGUUCAAAAAUGCUUUUGCAAAAAGUGAAUAUAAAAUAUAUUUACAGAACUAAAAUAUACAUACAUAUUGAAAAGCACUUAAAAAGAAAAAAAACAUUGGCCGCUGUUUAUCACUU